AUGUCUGUAUUAAUUUCGGGUGUGCUGACGGAUGGCGCGGGACUCCCCAUGUCCGGAUACCAUAUUAUUCUGAAAGCCCGACAGAAUACAUCCGCAGUGGUCAUGAGAACGGUGGCGACAGUGGUGACAGGUCCGGCAGGAGAAUAUGCUUUUGAAGCUCAGACCGGAAAAUAUGAAGUUUAUCUUCGGUCGUGUAUUGAAAGGGAAUACUGUGUCGGUGAUAUUUCGGUUUACCACGAUUCAAAGCCCGGCACGCUGAAUGAUUUUCUGACAGCCAUCGAUGAAGGUGACCUGAAGCCGGAUGUCGUGAAACGAUUUGAGGAAAUGGUGGCGCAGGCGCAGCAGAGCGCGGAAACGGCAACAGAAAGCGAACGACAGGCAGGGCAACAUGCAGACGCUGCCGCCCGGGCAAAAGAAGAUGUAAAAAAACUGGUGGAAGGUGUUCAGCAGAACGCCGACGCGGUUGCGGAGGGUAAACAACAGGCCGAAAAUCUGGUCUCACGGGUUGAGGAUACCGCCGCAGAGGUCAGGCAGGACGCUGAAGCCGCGAAAAAGGCCGCAUCUGAUGCAGAGCAUGUCAGGGAGGAUAUUGAUACUGCGUUAUCUGCGACACUGAAAACGGCGAAUCGUUUAUCAGAGCUGGCUGAUGAAGGUGAAGAGGCUCAGCAGGAAUCCCGUGAUAAUCUUGGACUGAAAAGCGCUGCCACAAUGACGCCACAGAGCGACAUUCGUGACCGGACUGAAGGGCGUCUGGCGACACCUGGCGCAUUUGGUUUUGGGCAUAUUUUUUUGCCCGCAGAGCGUAUCCGUUUUAACACAGGGGAUGAUUUUCUGUCCUGGGUAAGGAAUGCGACGCCGGGUGAAUAUUUUGUUGAGGGUGACAGUAAAAUCAUAUCCGGAGGUGUGUUGUUUAACGGGAUGGUCCGCAUCCGGUGGGUUGAGGCACGCAAUAAUCCACCGGAGCCGCGAUAUACAGCAAAGGCCAUUAUUUUCUACGGUAUUAAUGGCGAUGUUUAUUACAACCGCUACUGGACAACAGGUAAUGGUUAUCUGACUGGCUGGGAAAAUCUGAAGAUGACCUCACAGGACAUUAUCUCUCUUCUGUCCGGUAUUG